CUGCAUUUAUCUCCACUCUGAUGAGGGCUCAGACGUGAUAACACCCGUGCUUCCCCAUCCCCGUAGGAGCUGGCGUGAUUGCUGCCUGCUGCCUGCUCUCCAUUAGCCACAGCUAUUGGAUUUCCCAUCCAGAAUCUUGGGGUAAAUGAGGUGCAUCAACAGGGAGCUGGAUGGGAAGUCGAGCAGCCGGGACUUGAACUGGAUAUAGGAUGCUGGAGACUCAAACGGCGGCUUAACCUGCUGCAGCACAAUGCCUGCCCCCCAGACAGAAGUUCUGGCAGACAGAUCAUGAUUCUGGAAGGGAGUGGUGUAAUGAAUCUGAACCCCAGCAACAGCCUCCACCACCAGCAGCCCGCCUGGGCGGACAGCUACUCCACGUGCAACGUUUCCAGCGGGUUUUUUGGAGGCCAGUGGCAUGAGAUCCAUCCUCAGUACUGGACCAAGUACCAGGUGUGGGAGUGGCUCCAGCACCUCCUGGACACCAAUCAGCUGGACGCCAGUUGCAUUCCCUUCCAGGAGUUUGACAUCAAUGGCGAGCACCUUUGCAGCAUGAGUUUGCAAGAAUUCACCAGGGCAGCAGGGACGGCGGGACAGCUCCUCUACAGCAACCUGCAGCAUCUCAAGUGGAAUGGUCAGUGCAGCAGUGACCUGUUCCAGUCCACACACAAUGUCAUUGUCAAGACCGAACAAACCGAUCCUUCCAUCAUGAACUCCUGGAAAGAAGAGAACUACCUAUAUGACACCAACUAUGGUAGCACAGUAGACUUGUUGGACAGCAAAACCUUCUGCCGGGCCCAGAUCUCCAUGACAACCACUGGUCACCUUCCCGUCGCAGAGUCAGCUGAUAUGAAAAAGGAGCACGACCACCCUGCCAAGUCCCACACCAAAAAGCACAAUCCAAGAGGGACUCACCUGUGGGAAUUCAUCCGCGACAUCCUCCUGAACCCAGACAAGAACCCGGGGCUAAUCAAAUGGGAAGACCGGUCCGAGGGCAUCUUCAGGUUCUUGAAAUCAGAGGCUGUGGCUCAGCUGUGGGGCAAAAAGAAAAACAACAGCAGCAUGACCUACGAGAAGCUCAGCAGGGCCAUGAGAUAUUACUACAAAAGAGAAAUUCUGGAACGUGUGGAUGGACGCAGACUGGUAUAUAAAUUUGGGAAGAAUGCUCGUGGCUGGAGAGAAAAUGAAAAUUGAAGCUGCCAACCCUUUUGAGCACAAACCAGCAUACACACAGAAUACUUACAAAUGGCGAACUCCUGGACGUGACUAUUUCAAAGACGGCUUUUUCUCUGAUAUUUAUGUACCAUAAGGGGAAAACAAAAUCUACUUCUAAUGGGAAGAAGGAACACUACAGUUGAUAAAGAAAAUUAUUUUGUUACUUUGAAGUAUGUCCUAUAUGGGGAACAAAUGUACACAGUUUUCUGUGAAAUAUGAUGCUGUACGUGGUUGUGGUUUGGUUUUGCCUCUAUUGUGAAGUCCUUUUCCACUGCAAGAAUCACACAGUUUGUAGCCUUGUGCUUCUUGCUAAGAGAAAGGGGAAAAAAAUGAAAAGAAAAAAACCCAGAGGGCAUUAAAUGUUUUUGUAUGCAAAAUAA